AUGAAGACAAAGCACCCAGGACUGGACAAAGAGGUGGUCACCAGUCAGCCGAAUGCAAUUAACAGACCUGUAGAGGUACAAAGUUCGUAUAACGCUGUUAUAAACACACUGCACACUGAUAUCUCUCGUGCCGCACAAGCGAGCCAAAGUUCCUCACCCGAAGUGUCAACAGAACCAGUGGUGACAGCCAUAGAAGUAGCUGAAACAAAGAACAGCGCUGAGACAGAAGAGAUCCAGACUGCUGCUGAAGACACGGUCAAAGCACCUAUAGAGAUAGUAAAGGUGGAUGAAGCAGCAGGGGCUGCGCUGGAAGUCCAGGAACGCCCUGCAGAGGCUGAGGAGGCACCUCUGCAGGCUUCUGAGGUGGGCACAAAGCAGGAGGCAGCUGAAGUGGACAUAAGGAAGGACGAUGCUGAAGUGGACAUAGAAAAUGAGGCAGCUAAAGUAGAUGCAGAGAACAAAGCAGCUGAAGUGGAUGUAGAGGAGGAGGCCGCUGUGGUGGACGCAAAGGAGGCGGCUACUGAGGUGGACAUAAAGAAAGAGGCAGCUGAGGUGGACGCAAAGGAGGCCGUGGCUGACGUGGAGAAGGCUGGUGAAAUGGACAUAGAGGAGAAACCAGAAACCUCUGUAGAUGUUUUAGCCGAGAAGGACGAUACUCGAACCAAGCAGGACUCCACAGCUGACACACAGGAAGUAGAACAGCUGACUACUACUGACGUAACGGCAGAUACCUCAGUGAUGGAAGAGAGCAGAGAAGAACCUCAGACUUGUCCACCAGAGCCCUCAGGAAGUGAACUGCCCUCUGAAACUCAGGAACCUUCUGAGAUAGCGGCCUCUCCAGCUGUGGAAAUUACUGAUGAACUCACUCCUCACAGCUUGGAAAACGGGCAGGUGGAAGAUCUGAAAGAUGAAAACUCUGUUAUUGUGGAUGCUGCAUCAGAGACGCCCCAACAGACAGAGCUCCUCCAGAAAACAAGUGAGGAAUCUUCACACGUUGAGGAUGAAGCACAGCUGCCUGAGACCUCCGCCAGCACUGCAGAGGAGGUGGUUCAGGCCAGAGAUGCUGCAGCAGACCAGGAGAACAUUGCCGAGUCUACUGAACAGGAAGAAGAGUCUCUUCUGAACGGUCUAGACUCCGCCACUCCUCUCGAGAAGUCUGACUCCACAGAGGCUCAUGGUGUUGCUGCUCAGGUAGAGAACAUUGAGCCCACUGGACCAAGUGAUGCUCUCCCAUUGGAUGCCCACAUACCAGAGGAGGAAGAGCCAGAGCACCGGCCGAGCGAGAAGGAGAUUGAGAGCGAGAGGGAAGGAACAACCAACGCUGUCCAGGCAGAAAAAGAAGAUACUGAAAGCCACAAGGUCCAGAAGGGAGAGAUCAUUGUGAGCAGUAGCCAUGCUGUGGAGGUCGCGCUGAUACCUGUGAGUGAAAGCAUCGCAGAGGAGAAGCAGCAGGAGGAUGAAGACCUCUACCGGGGGGCUGAAGAGAUCGAAAAAGAGCCAGCCCAAGAAAAGCAAUCGAAGCCUCUGCUGGAGCUCACAAUUCCUGGAGUGGAGUCAUGUAGUUUAGCAGCAGCUAUUGACAUACUGGCCUACAGUGAGAGGGAGUGGAAGGGAAACACAGCCAAGAGCACACUCAUCAGAAAGGGCUAUUCAGAGAUGUCCUGCAGUUUUAGCAGCCUGCGGAGAGUAAGAGGGGACAACUACUGCGCCCUGAGGGCUACUCUGUAUCAGGUGCUGGCCACCACCACACAGACACCAGCCUGGCUUCUGGAAGAGGACUUCACAUCGUUGCCAGAGAAACUUGAAUCUCAGGAGCACCUGAUUGGUGGAUGGGCAUUCCCUUCGGAGUGUAGGGAAGUAGGAGAAAAGGAGGAUGCAGUGGAAAAACUGAAGCACUAUCUGGAGCUCCUGCAGAAAAGGUGGCAGGCAGCGGCUGAGACAGAGAGCCUAGAGGAGAAGCAGCGUUUGUGUGAGCGUGUGUUUCAGGGUAGGGAGGAAGAGUAUGGUCUUCUGGAGGUGCUGAAGUUCCUCAUGCUGGCCAGGGCAGUGGAGCUGCAUGGCAAAAUGCAGGCGGGAGAAGAAGUGCCUGUGUUCUGUUGGCUACUGUUCGCCCGGGACACAUCAGAAAAUCCCAAAACACUCCUCAGCAAUCACCUGAGCCAAGUCGGUUUCGGUGGAGGGGUAGAGCAGGUGGAGAUGUUUCUGCUGGGUUACGCCUUACAGCACACCAUUCAGACCUUCCGCCUCUACAAGAUGGACACCGAGGAGUUUGUGACGCACUACCCUGAUGACCACAAACAGGACUGGCCCUGUGUGUGCAUCGUCACAGAGGACGAUCGACAUUACAACGUCCCCAUCAGGAAACGAGCACAACACCAGCUUAACCACAACCUCUCAGCACUUUGGCCUCAUCUCAGCUGAUUGGCCUUAAAAAUGACUUCUGGAAGGUGAUCAGAGGAACAGACUCGUUUAUAAGAUCCAACUGACUCCUUGUUUUACUGGUAUAUAUUUAAUUAAUGAAGAAUAGUUUACAUGUAACAGUUUUUUAUGUGUUCAGCGCAUGCAGCAAAAAGCUAACAGUACUCAUUAGAGGUAUCACCUACAGUGCAGUGCAGUGCUUUUCAGCACAGGGGUCUCAUUUAGAGACAUUGCUUAGAUUUUGUAUUAAAUAUGAGUUUACAAUCAUUUGCCAAAGCUUAAGUUUGCACUGUUUACUCACAGCUUUUAA